AUUUUCCACCUCCUUCUCUUUCCCUAACGCCUGUAACUUUUAAACAGCCGGAGGCGAGCAGCAUUCCCAUGCAAUUAAAGUUUCUUUCCAACCAAAUUAGAGGCCUAAUGUCCGCGCAUGCAGAGCCACUCUGAGUUCAUCCGUCACGUUUCCUGGAGCAAGUUCCUGAGGGAGGGCCGGUUAGGAGCAGCCAUGGGAAAGUUCUCCCCACUUUUUCCGAUUACUCUGGAUCUUUUUAAGGAAAGCAGGCCGGCAAAGCUGCAGUGUGUCCGCAGCCGGGGAGAGGAGAGACUCUGAGGGAACCGGGUGAAGGAAAAAGCCGCUUCAAGGCUGAGAAAGGGAGCAGAGGAUGCCCAGAGCUGACUGGUCCUUUCUGGAGAGUCUGCUGGAGGAGGGCCAAGAGUACUCGACAGCUAUUGGUCGUGUGUGGCUCACCAUACUGUUCCUACUUCGCAUGUUGGUGCUGGGAACCGCUGCGGAGUCUGCAUGGGAUGACGAGCAAGAAGACUUUGUUUGCAACACCAAGCAGCCUGGAUGCACCUCUGUUUGCUAUGAUAAAGCCUUCCCCAUAUCCCACUUCCGCUACUUCGUCCUUCAGGUCAUCCUUGUCUCCACUCCCACAAUCUUCUACUUUGCAUAUGUGGCUAUAAAAGUGAAGGAAAAUGACCAAAAAAACAAGGGGAAGGAGGAAAAUCAGGCAGACAAAGGCCAUAGUGGGAGAAAGACGGUUAAAACGGUGGUAGAAUGCAAUGAUAACAGCAAGUCUGGAAAAGAUAAGAUGGAGGGGGAUGGCGAGAAAUGUCAAAAACCGAAGCCAAAGGCUUGUUCGGAGACUCCUAAACUAAAAGGCCGGCUUCUGGGAGCUUAUGCAUUCAGCAUCCUGCUAAAAAUCCUCCUGGAGGCGGGAUUCAUUGUUGGACUUUGGUUUCUUUACGAUGGCUUUUUCAUUGCGCCAAAGUUUGUGUGCACACGCUCACCGUGUCCCCAUACGGUGGAUUGUUUCGUCUCUCGCCCAACAGAGAAGACGAUCUUCACCUUCUACACUCAGCUGAUCGCCGCCAUAUCCCUGCUCCUCAACCUCAUAGAGCUUCUGCACCUGCUGGUGCUGGCCAUUUCGCAUCGGCUGGAGAAACGCUGCCGUGCCCAACACCAGGACUUCCUACCUCGAUUUGAGCAGGUACCAUCCAGACUGAGGACUGCUGGACUCCCAGUGGGGGCGUCACAGGCCAACAGCACAGGAAGUCAUAUCAGCCUCCCCAUACAGGGGGAGGGGGAGGUACAAAGUGACCCUUGUGGAAGUUGCACUGACAUGACAGUGGAAAUGAACUGGGAGCCGGCGGAGGCUGGAAGCGACCUGCUCCCCAGCUAUGCUAACUGCAUCAAGCCUAUGAGGAAACCGCGUCAAUACAGAUGUCAUUAUAAGAAACAUUCUCCGCGAAACGGGCAAAACCAAAAAAGUGCAAAUAGGAGCCCCUCAGAACAGAAACAUUAUGUCUGAGAAAAUGUGUUUCAUGCAAACAAAGCCUUUGUUGUAUCUGAAUUUUAGCACUUUUGUUUCUGUUUUAAAUGUUGCACUGUGAACUCAAAGCCUCAAAGGUGUUUAUGGAAAAGUCCUCUAUUCAAGCUAAAAGAAAAUGAGCAUUUAAAAAAAAAACAGGGACGUAUUUGGAUUAAGUUGCCUUUUUUUUGUUCACAUAAUGCUCAGGGGAGAUUUCUACUGUUUAAGUGUUUCUGCAAGAAAAUUCAAGCUCAGAGUUUUUUUGUGUGACCACAGAGUUUUGUGAACCCUCCCUUCCUUCCCGAUGGCUCUGUCCUCACCAGGGAAUGUGCUGCUCUCUGAUCAUGCUCAGCUCCCGGGAGGAUAAUUGCUGCAUGGAUGCAGGCACGCAUGCAUGGACACACACAAUAUCUGUCUUUCCUUUACACCCAGAAAGUUCAGGUCAGUUAAACUGAAAAUGUGGGGGGAAAAAAACCCAGUGUGGGAUUUGUGACCUAAAUAUUUCAGCUAUGAGUGGAGCAUAAGGGAAAGAGACUCACUAAACAACACUAUGGAAACGUCCAGGUUUGAAACCAGAAUCUUAUAGAUAAACCAUUGACUGUAUAUGAGAACUGGAUUGAGUGACUCCUCCCCCUGGCUUUUUAAACAGGAGGUAAAGUAGCUGAUGGCUCAAAGACGCCAAAAUCCCAUAGACUUCUAUAGAGACACAAACAGCUGUCACUCAGUCAUUCUGUUGUCCAGUAUAAUCAUUCUUGAUCUGAUAACUUUUUUCAAAAUGUUCUUGAUGAUCCUCAUUUUAUCCACAUUUUUUCUGAAAGUGAAAGUUAUUCAAGCUAUGAACUGGCCAAUCAGAUGUCUCAAUAAAAGCAGGCGAUUUAAAGUUGAACAUUCCAAAUGUCUGAUUGACAGAUUCUCCAGAGCCCACUUUCAAAUGAUAGGGGUGUGGACUUCCAACAAGCUCACUUCUGAUUGCAUAAAGUGGUGGGAGGGACCUGGCUCCAGACAAGAUGGCGUCUGACAUCAUUGGCUAAAGCGGAAAUGACACAACUUACCCUAACUCUAACCCAAAAGUGUUCAGAAUGCUAAAAACAAAAAAAAAAGAUAAACAUUAAAGCUUAAAACAGUAAGAAACAGUAGCUGUUAGGGUCGCAAGUUAAAAUAGAGGUUUUUUAAGCGAUCUGGGGGGGCUUUCAGUUCCAGUGGAGGACCUCCGGUUCUGUCCAUUGAUGUCUGCAGCCAGGUCCUUUUGACAAUGGUUGUCAUCGAAAUGAUGAUUCAGAUUGACCAGGACCAAUCACUGCUUACCGUAAUGUCCGGCCCCAACAUGGCGGUGUCCUUAUCACAAAAAAAUAAGCAAGUGAUUUUCUACGGUUGACAUCACACUCUCUCCAUUCAGUUCUCAGACACAGUCAAUGGGAUAAACAGAGAACUUGUUGCUACUAUUGAUUGCACAUUAAGUGGACUGAAAGCGGUACAGAAAUGUGCAUUGUGAAAGAAAAGAAACUGCAUUUGUUAACUGUUCAGAAACUUUUAGUAUUUAUUAAAGAGAAAAAUGAAGUUUAUAUGGUUUAUGACAGAUUGUCAUAUGACAUAAUCUACUCCUUUGUUUGCUCUAUUUUCCUCAUUUUUGUUGAAGGAAAGUGAUUUUCUGUGCUUCAGUUCCAACUAUCAACAUAUUGUUAGAAUAUAAACAAAGCCAAACCAAUGUGAGAAACGAAUAUACAGUAUAUUUGGAUGUCUUCAGGUCAUAAAUGAAGGGAAAAUGUUUACAAUGUUUUGGUUAAACUUAAGAUACUUGUGUAAAAUUCAGACAAGUUGGUGCAGUAUUUCAUAUUUUGUUUGGUGUGCUCUGACUUUUACCAUAUGGAGAAGCUGAUAAAACCCAGACCUUUCCUCUGACAAAGGUUUUCCUCCUGAACAA